GUAAAUUAGGCAAGUGGGUUUGCCCACCUUUUUUUAAUUGAUUAUUUAUAAAUAUUUUUUAUAUGAUUUUAAAAGCGAUAUUAGGAGGUGUGGGGGCAAGUGAUAAGGAUUGAGGAUGCUCUUUUUUUAAAAGUAAACACAGUCCCCUUAAAUUUUGCCAAGUCGAACACUGUUGUGGGAACGGAAAGUGGUGGGCACUACCAGUGCGAGAGCCUCCCCCCGCCGUUAGACUGCGCAGAAUCGCUGUUGUAUACACGUAAAGCUUUAAGCUACCCCGUAGUGGUAACAUUUAAACCUCGAAAAAGCGGAUCGCGUUCAUUUGGUUGCGCAAGUGACUUGCGUUCCCAAGGUGAUUUGAGCAUAUACCCCGCUCCAUGAGAGAAGUUAUACGCUCCGUGCAUCCGACUGACGCCGACGCCCGGCGUAGCACGGAGUCCCAAUUUAUUCCACUCCUUACCACGACCCCUGCCAAAUUAUCGAACUUUUGACGAUCGUAACCUAACGGGCAAAAGUGGUGGGAGAUGUGCAGCGAUGGACGUAAAACCGUGUAUCAUCUCUUAUGGAGUGGAGUGCAAAAGGUUGCUACCAAUAUCGUAGACUCAAUAAUGCGUUGACACGGUCGGAAGUUAAAGUUCUAACAGUCAUUGUUUCAUUUCUGCCAACCAGAAGUACAAAUACAUCGCCAAUUUGAAUUAUUGGUUUUUCUUCAAGAAAUUAUAAUUAGAUAUCAUGGAUAACAUUCACAGAUACAACAAGGAGCAAUUCUUCUUUUAUGAACUUCUAAAAGAUAUCCAGGAAGAUAUUCAUUUUUUAAAUGAUAAACCAGGCAAAGUGUACAUAACUUUAACAGAACAUUUAAAUAAUGUGAAUGCUAGAGUACCUGAACCAUUUACAGCAGAAGAACUUGUUGACAUGGAAGAAUGUAUAAGAGAUGCAGUGAAAGAUCUGACCGAUCUUGAUCUUAACACUUACCUUUGUACUGGAGUUGUUGUUCUAUCAGAAUAUUUAGAUUCCCCAGAGGAUAUGUUUGAAUAUAUUGGGAAAAAAAAGAGAGGCUUAUAAUUUGAACUUUAAACUUAUUAAAAAGUUUUGUCUUCGUCUUUACUGUAUGUAGUUCAGAAUAAUAAGUGGCCAAGUAGUUACUAUAUAAAAGUAUCAAUGUUUGAAUAUUGAUAAUGAAUCAUGCAUGGGUCCAGAAAUCUGAGAUGGUGGGGGGCUACAUUUUUUUCAGAAAAAAUACUAUUAUAGUUUUAGAACAUAAUGUCAUAAUAGAUUACAGAUAACAUUAAAAAUAAGAUUUAAUAACAUUAUUAAGAAUUUUCUUUAUAUUUAAAAUUUUAAAAUUUUAAGACACUUAAACUAUUUAUUAUAAAAUAUAUAUAUAAACUAAAAUAUAACAUUCCCAAAUAGGGAUUUGUCUCCAAUGAAUCAGUUAAUAUAAUAUUUUAAUAGCAUAGUAAAAAUCCAGAAAAAAAAUUAAGCUCUUUAAUAAUUAUGUAAAUUUGAAUCAACUAAUACUUAAAAAACAAUUUUAAGAUUACUUUAUACAGGAUCUUAAUUAUUUUAUAGUUUUUUUUUUUAGAGUAUAUUUACAAAAUUAGUUUUUAUUAUUAAUUUACAAACAGUAGUAAAUAGCAUAAAUCUAUGCAUAUUCAAAACUAAGAAAAAUAUAUAAAUUAGUUUUAUUAAGUUAUUUAUCCUAAUUAAUUAAUUUUUUCAUUUGAUAUUCAACAAUUGAAAAUAAAAAUUAUUAAUAUUAUACCUAGGUACCUAUAUUUAAUGCAAAAUGAAAAAAAAAUCCAUUUCUUAUGGAAUUCCUAUUUAAAUGUUAUGAACCCAUUAUUAUUUAUAAAUAGAUCUUAUUUAUUUUAAGCUUUUACAAUUCCCAUUCAGUGCAAUAAUGAUUAAUCUUAUCGUAGCAUUAAGUAUUAGUGUCAGUGUUUAGUAUAAAAAAUCCUUAGAAAUAAGAUUUUAAUGAUGUAAUUAAUAAUUAAAUUGCUGUCAACACUGUCUUACAAAAAAUAUAAUGCUUAUAUAUGAAUAAAUGUAUUUAAUUACAAAGGUAUAAAGGAAAAAUCAAACUAACCUAAUAUUAAAAUUGAAUACUUGACCUGAUGAAGGCAUUGUUAAUUAUAAUUAAAUUGCAAAUAUAUUUGCUAUAAAUAUAUGGUUGAAAAUUUAAAUAUAUAUAAAUAUUAUGUUAGUGUAUGAUUAAGUAAUUAAGUAGGCAAGUAUAAUAUUAUAAUGAGAGGCGUAACUAGUAUAUUUUAGUCCCCCUGUCAUAUACUUCUACUCCUAUACUUCCACGAAUGGUAACUAAAUUUACAAAUUCUAAUUUAAAAUUUUAUAUUUUUUUUUUAUAUAAAGUGUGGUAUAGAUUUUAUUACAUACUAAAUAGAUGUUUUCAAUAAAUUUAACACAAAAAUAGUCUUCACCCAGAAUAAUAGAUUUAGGAUUUUAUUUUUGUAACAUUAAUGUAUAAAUGUUUAUACAAAUAACGACUAAGCAGACAAAAAUGGCAGCUCCUGCAGACCGCUAACAACAGAAUCCAAUUUUAUAUUAUAUUAUUAAAAUAUCAUUUAUCAUAAGUACUAUAUAAUAUAAUACUUCAUAAGUACAAUGAUUAUCUGAUGGUUUGUAUUCUGGUCAACAUUGUUAUUAUUAUUAUAAUAAAUUAGUCAAAUUUUGUUUUCAUUUGUUUUUUGGCUUAAAUAAAUAUAAAAUAAAUGGAACUAAA